AUGGGCAGCUUCGGAGCGAACUAUGAGGAUCUUGUUCCAGAACAAGACCUGUAUUAUUUUGGUAAUGCUACCGUCAAAGGAAUACGAGAUCAGCUCCGAGAGAACGGGCUUCCCACAGGCGGUCUCAAGUACCAGCUUUAUCUUCGUCUGGUGGAGAACGGCCUGCGGCUAUACAACGACAAUCGAUCUGAUAGUAUUGGGGAUGAUCAAGAAGAAGACAACGGUGAGCCAGAUAAUGGAUCCGACAUUCCUUUUGAGGUAGACGAUAGCGAGCUAGACAAUAGCGAGGAGAAUUACGUAGAGGGAGAUGAGAGUGAGUCAGAGAGUGGGGAGGAGAUCAGCGAGGCAGGCGAUACUAGUAGCGAAUCAGGAGAUGGAGGCAAGCAACCACCAAAAUCGGACAAGAAAAGAGGUAGAGACGAUGACGAUGAGGAGGACGAGAAUGAUAACGGGGACCCCCAAGACCGAGGACCGCCAGCCCGCAGCAGGAGGAGACUCGGCAUUGCCCUUCCACCAGAACUGCGAACUAUAAUCAUCGAGAAUCUCAAUGCCCCUGGGGUAUGGAACCUGAUCGAUUCGGCUCCAGAGGAGUACUUGAGCAGGGACUUCAACGCACUCAUAUUGGAAGCACGAUAUCAGUAUCGCCUAGACUACCCUCCUGUUGCUCCUGUCGAUACCCCUGGCAGCUUUAGGAAGACCGUCCCCUACCCCUGGCCGGGUCCCGGUCCCGAACGCCCCUUGUCUCUACUGGAAUGGGUCGCGAGACGGGCCACACUCGACUCCAGGUUCGGGACGGCCAACCGUACACGCAUCAUGCGAGUCAUUGACGCAUACCUUCAGGUAUACGGGACGGCUGACCCGGGGGCGCUCCCGAUGCCGAACGAAAGAGAAGCAAUACUGUAUUACUUCCGCAACCGCGCCAACCUCCUCGUCAUCAACCACACCCCCCUCACGCACGCCGCUCGGGCCCAAAACCCAGGCGCCGUGCAACUCCUCCUGCUGCGCGGCGCGGAUGUGAACGAGGUGGUCAACGGCAUGACCGCCCUCGAGCACGCGGGCUCGGCCGGGUUCAUGCUGGGCCCCCUCCACCAAAACACCUUCCAGACGGCCUAUGCUCUGAUCGGGGCCGGUGCCGACGUCUCGGUGCUCGGCGACAGCUCGCGCUUACAAUCAUCAGUCGCACUUCAGAUGCUGACGGGAGACCCGGUACCUGCGCCGGGCCUGGAGCUGCCAGGAGACUUUCCGAGGAUCGACAAUCUAGGCUUGAGCACCCGCCAAUUGAUUGCCGACGAACGAUCCCAGCCUUACGAGAGGAUGCUUUUAACCCUGUUUGUUAUUUUUUACAGGACAAUGGUCUAUCCACGAUACAUUUGA